AUCAAAUCGAAGCGGCAACGCCGGCCAGCACACACACGCACGCACACUCCACAAAUAUUCCGUGUUUUUUUUCCUUGCGGAUUUCCUGAAUUCCAGGCAUUGACCGCCAAAGCGCCGACGCACAUGAACUAGAAAUGGAGUGGCACGAAGUGGAGUUGGACGGCAGUCGCACGGCGGCAUUUCCUGAGCGCGCCGUACCCGGAUUUGGCCAGGAGCCGGCGGAUAUGGAGACCGCCGACUACCUGGGCGGCAUCAUACGCGGCGGCCAUUGGGGCUGGGUGACCUGCCGUUAUGGCAAAGACGCCACCCUUCUGGUCUGCAGCAUGACCACCGGCGAGAGCUUCUCCCGGCACCGCUUCUGGAGCAGCGAGUCCGCAGACGAGGGACAUGGUAGCCCCGGGCAGCGCAGCAGCAUCCGCUGUGUGGAGGAACUCUUUCCCGGUGAGCCGGAACGCACCGCGAUGUUGGCCAUCUGCCUGGAGUCGUGGGAGAGCGGGGAGCGCCCAAUGGACGCCAAGACGCAGGUGCUCAUCUACUCGAUCCCCAACAGUCGAGUGCUGCGCCGCUUCCACCUGCCAUGUGGCCUACACUGCAGCGCGCUCACCUUCCUCGACCGGGACAUCUGUGACGCAACGCGAGUGGCCCGAUUCGACGGCUGCCUGGCCGUGGCCACCAAGGAGGGCAUCGUCCUGCUAGUCGAUCUCAAUAGCGACAGCCUGGUGGAGCAGCCAGGACGGCGCUGCAGCCUAAGCAACUCCAGUUCCGAGGGCGACCCAUGCUACGGGGAAAUUUUCAGCUUCCCCGGCGAGGAGCUUCAAGAUCGCUUUAACCUCCUGCUGGACGAAUGUCGCUCAAAGGGCGCCCAUUUAGCCGUACGGUUGAGUGUGGCCCACAGCGGAAUCAGGUGCUUGAUGGGCAUCAGCUUGGCCCCCGGCUUUGCCGCUGGCCUAGAGGAUGGCCGCGUCCUGAUCUACGACCUGCUGCACUUCCAAGUGACCACUACACUGCAGCCGCCGGGAAGAAGUGAAGGGGCUCACGGGGCCGUGCAGCGAAUGUGCGUUAUCAUGCCGCCGGACGACCCCAAGCCCUGCUUCUACAUAUGUGCAUUAUACCAAAGCGCCGACGGCCUCAACAUGUUGCUGCACUGCGUCAGCUACAGGCGCUCAUACGUGGAGCAGGGGAUCGACCUGUUACGCUUCGAGCACUUCCAUUCCAGCUCGGUGCGCAACCACCAAGUCUUCGACAGGGGCAUUUGCUCCGUAACCGGCUGCACUACGGCCUCCACUUUCAGCUUUGCCGGGGACAGCGGAACGCUACUGCUCAUCAUAUCCUGGCACUCAAGCACAGACCGCAAAAAUAAGCUCGUCCUGUUCGACAUCAACCAGUGGUACAAAGAAGAGAUGCCCCCAUGCGUGCGCCAUUACGAAACGCCCCAUUAUCUCGCCGGCUAUAUCCUCAGUGGUCUGCCCACGGGAUUAGGAUUGCAUCUGCGUGCCAACUCCAUUUUGCACUUUGCCUCACUGCAGCGCUACGAUGAGCACUUCUAUCCCGAUUCCCUGACGUUUGAUUGCACACUGCUGACCCCAACUGGCAGCCGCUACUACGCUCAGGACGGAGUGCAACAUCGUUUCCUUAACGCCCUGCGCUGGGAGCGCGCUACGCUCUUUCUGCGACCACAGUCCUACCACGAGGAUAUCGUUCGCCUGCGCCUCCUGCCUCAGUUCUGUGAGCUGAAUCCGAACGCCACGUUCUCUAAGACUGCCAUGUACGAGGUAAUUUUGUCUGUGGCCCUAGAGCACAAGUGCGGGGCCCUGCUGAACGACUGCGCCCGUAGCUGGCUGGACGGCAGCUUCUUGUGCAACAUGCUCGAUCCCACGGAGCUUUCGCUGUCCACGCUGACCAACUGGAUCGUGAAGCGCGCUGGUCAAAUCAAGACGCGCUGCUCGGAACUUUGUCAGGGCAUCUUCGACUACGGCGGCUACUCGUUGGACGAGCGGGAGCGGCGUGAGUUCAAAGAGCUCUCUGCCCAGCUACGUGAGCUACUGCGUCUGCAGUCCUACAUUGUCGAGCUGGGUCGUCGCCGACUAACACCCUCCUUGCUGGCCGAGUGCAAGACCAACGAACAGGCGCUGCGGACAGUGCACGAGUACCAGAGAGUGCUUUACUGGUUUAUCGAGCAAGGUCUCCUGCCCGAGGGGCAGCACGAGAAUCAUCGGGAGACCCGGGAGCAGCCGCUGGUUCGUCUUCGACACGUUUACUCCGAGAGGCGGGCGCAGCGAAAGAAACUGUACAUCGACUCUCUGGGGGAGCUCACCUCCCUCUCGGACCCCUAUCCGCCGGACUCGCUACAUGCGCUUCUGCACGUGAUGCUCGAUCCGGACAAAGAGCCCUCCCACAAGCAUGCUCUUAUCCUAUACCUGCUGCUGGAUCUGGACCCACAGCUGGGCAGGCGCUUCCAGACUGCCUUUCAAUUGGGCGAAGAACUGGCCAAGUCGGUGCGCUCAUUUUGGUGCUUGGACCGCGGCGAUUACGAACAUUGCGUUAAGGAGCUGUACAAGGACCCCGCUCCCGCCAACAACUUUGAGGAGUGGCAGAUGCGCCUGCUCCUAGAGACUCUGCUGGAUGGCGGGGCUGUCAAGGCGGCCAUGCGAGUGGCCAGCCAACCGCCUGGUCCCCUGUCAUCGGCGCUGCACAUGAGCGUGCUCCUGGCCAACGAAAACAUGGCGGAGGCCUUCCUGAUCGCCCGCCUCUACGACGACGAGGAGGAGGGGCAGUCGCUGCUGGAGCGCUUCUUCCGACACUGUAUCGAACGCAGACGCUUCAGAGUGCUGGCCGAGCUGUGCCUAAGGGAGCCGGAGGAGCGGCUUUUGUACCGCCUGCUGCGCCAGUGCCGCUCGCGGCAAACGGAGUGCGUUCACUUGAUCCUGCUGCUGCAAAAGAGUAAGUUCAUCGAGGCAGUGUCCUUCAUGGAUGACGUGGCCGUCGAGCGCCAGCGAGAGGACGAGUCCUCCAGCACUAUUAUUUCUGCCUACCGGUCAACGAUGGCGCCGGUUGCCCAGAACAUUGCCGGCACCUAUCUCCGCAUCCGCGAAACCCUGGUCGGCCUUGAGGAUGCUAAGAAGGGCGGUCUUUUGCAGCCCUUCAGCUGUCAGCUGGUCAAACAGAACGCGAGCGGCCAGGUGGGUGGCAUCUUUCAGAGCUCCGCCGUCAGUGCCCACUGGGCAACACACUUCGAGACGCCUCCUGUCUUACCCCCCGUCUCUGUCCCUGCCAAAAUGGGCUACACCAACAUUCCCUUUCUCCGGCAUGCACAAUACGGACUCUCGGAGCUUCCCCACCGGCGGCGCAAGGUGCGACCAGUACCCCACCAGGCGGUGGAGAAGCGGCAGCGAGAGCAAGAGGAGCAGCAACGAGAGGACCGCGAGCGCAGGCAGCAGUACUCACUGCAACCUCGAAAACGCCGCCGCCUAUUGGCUGAGCAAUUGGUUGAGGACGUUAAGGGCCAUGUAAGAUCCAUUCUAGACCAAGAGUCAGAACAGCAGUCGGAGUUGGAAGAGGCGGGGCGGAACCAGGCCAGCGAUCUCUUGCAGCCGCCAACUUUCCUUCAGACGCGCCAGACGACUACACGCCAAGGCAGCAGCUCGCCCCAGGCUAUUCUCACGAUCCUGAAGCGGCAUUCGGCCGUGGACGCCGUGGGAGGCACUCCGCCGGUGGCUACGUCCACCACACUAGCGGGACCAAAGAGAUUCCGCUUUAUGCCGCCCAUACCCUUGCGUAUGGAUGGAUCGAUGGAGGUGGACAGCGAGGAUGCCGCCGAAGAGGACGAGGGGGAGGAGGAGGAGGAAACCGACGAGAUUAUCGUUGAGAUCGAGUCCAGAAGCGAGCCUAGGAGCACCUGCAGCGUUGAGUCCGACGAGGACGAGGAGUUCCUUUCCCCGUUGGCCUCGGCCAAUGUGUCUUUAGUGGACCAAGUGAUGGUGCCACCGCGGGAAUCUCCUAGGCCUUUGGCACCGCCAGCUGGCCCACAGCCACGUAGCUCAUUGCUUCACGGGCGAAACGAAAUCGGAAGAGGAGGUGGAAGUGGGACUGGAAGUCAGAGCAGCAGUGGAUUCGGCAGCUUUGCCACCGUCCGCCCGACACCGACGACAUCUCAUUCCCAGUUCUUGCCCACCAUCUGCUCCUCCAAGAUGGGCGAGACGCAGUCGCAGGUCUUCUCCAGUGGCAGCUGUGGGGUAAAGAUAUCCGAACGCACAACCAUCUGUGGCGAAAUGGAAUCAACCGAUCUUGGUUCGGAGGUUACGGCCGCACCCAGUUCGCAAUGGUCUCUGCCUGCAGCACGGCCUGCAGUCCAGGGACACCGGAUGAUGGAUACCACUCUGGAGAUGUCCACCUACGAUGUGGCGUCGCUUGAGCAGCCAGACAUCCAGGUUCUGAAUGAAGAGGAGGAACUAAAGCUGGGCGACACGCAGUCGGUUGAGGAGCAGGAGCAGCAGAAUCAACAUGAUGAGCAGGAGCCAGAGCGUUCGGAGAUGGGCGGCCUGCUGGAAUACCUGGGCAGCUCGGAAGCACCUGCUCAGGAGCCUCUGUCCUCGCCCACCUACAGUCUAAGCAGCGAAGAAUCAGACCUUUCCUCGGCCGACAUCCGGAACCCCUUGCUGCCCACGCUGCACAACGAUGACCCCAUGUACUCGAUCGUUGUGGAGUCGACAGGUUCCAUCACCACAUCGCGAUCGGUAACGCACACGCCCACUUCCUUCCUGCCCAGUGACACAAACGUCUCGCAGAACUCGAGUCCAAGAGCACCACACGGUGGUGAAGGAGAUGGCUCGCCGAUCUCCAUGUACCGCGCCAAUAGCCUGGAAACGGUCGAUGACCUAGACACCACAAAGGGUUCGCUAGAGGAGGAGGAGGAGUACGAUGAGGAUGACUGCGUCAUAGCACUGGACGGCACUGAGGUACGCGGCUAUGUGGCCCGUCCGCAGCCAUCGGGAGCCUGCAGCAGUGCCGAGCUGUUCGCCUUCAAGGACGACUGCCCGGAGGAGGCGGCCAGCGGCCCUUGUCCUUCCCUUUCGCUUGGCGCCACGGUCAAUAGCGACUCGGAUGUGGCCGACACUAUUGUGCUGGACAGCGAUGAGGAGUCGCAGAAGGCAGGGGAUUGUCAGCCAGAACAGCAGAAGGAGGUAGAGUGGCCCAUGGAGGAGGAUGCUGGCAGCAACGAUUCUGUGGCCACAGUGGCGUUUAGCGAAAGCAAGCAGAAUCCUGUCGAGAACGAUAUGGAGGUGGAUGUGGUGGAAGAAAAGCUCCUGGAGGAGAUUCCCGAAGAGGAGGUAGAAGAAAAGCCCUUGGAGAAGAUUCCCCAAGAGGAGGCUGAAGAGGAGGGCAAAGAGGAUCCCGAACAGGAGCCACUUUUGGUCCAAGAAGAGGAUUCUAGGCAGAGCCUAACGCUGGUACUCUCCGAUGACGAGACCGAGGAGCCAGCUGUGGCUCCAUUGCCGACUCGUUCUUUGCGCCCGCGUCGCGGCUCCUCAGAGUACCGCGAUAGCCCGCGUCCCCUGCGAUCGCAACGUUCCUCCUUGGAUCACCAGGACAGUCCCGCUCCGGUGGCUGGCCGCAAGAUGCGUCUGCGUAGUAAUGACGCCAUAGCCUCGUCGCCCGCAGCUACUCCGCCGGUCGCCACGCCCAAACGCCGAGCGUUUCAGCACAAGCACCUGCUGGAGGUGAUCGACGAGCAGAGUUCCCUGGACGCUUCGUUGCCGCGCACCCGCUCCCGCUCGCGCCUAAGCGUGGACUCGGAGGCCCCAAAUUCCAGACCCACCACGCCCACAGCUAGGGUCCGCAGCAAGCGGGCCACUUCGCUGGUGCCCACGACGGAGAGUCCGAGUGCCCGGCGUUUACUGCGCCGCAACAGCGAACCGCCAGCCGCUGUGGGAAUGCAACAGCCCGUGCGCAAACCGAGGGCGGGAGGCGUGAGAUCGCGCAAGACGAGCCAAACCGAUCAAAAUCUGUCUGCAUCGCCGGCUCCGGCAGACGAGCCUCCAUUAGUCACCGAAGAAUCCGCAACAGCGGAGGAGGAGCGACCACGUCCUCGUCGCGUUGGCAGACGGCGCAUCUCCGACCUGAGUGACCAGUCUGCCAAGGCCGCGGAAACAGAUGCUCCUGCCACGGAAGCCACCAGUUCGAGGACAAGCUCCAGGACCAACUCCGCCAACAGUACCACCACCACCAAGACCCGGGAACUGCGUCCGCGCACGCGUCGCAACUCGAAGUCAGAUGUUUAGCGUCCCCGUAUCCCUCGUCCCCAUAGUCUCUACAAGAGCAUCCGUCGCGUGCGAAACCCACGGAGGGUAUGUGCGUUGCACGGAACUCGACUAAACCAAAUUUCACACCAUCAUUUUAAGGAACAGUGGUGGAGGAUGGUACCGAGAAGUAAGAAACGGCGUAGAAAGCAACGAUCUAGAACACUAGAAUCACUUUUACUUUGCUUACACUAAAUACCAAUUUGAAUUGGCAUACGUUUUGAAUGUUUAAUAAAUCAGUUGGAGUUUAAACUAAAAUGGGAAAAAA